AUGGCCGGUGUUAACGUCAAUCUAAAUGUUGAUGCUGUUGCAAUCAUCAGAGAAAUCAAAGAAGCAGCAAAAUCAACAACAGACCGUCAGGCCUUUGUACGAGAUACUUUAAAUAGGAUGAAGCUUAAAUAUCCAGGAUCAAAUAUUAUGGUAUUCAAUUUGGGUCAAGACUACAGUCAACACUUUAAGAAUGUUAAAUUUUACGAUUCUUUUGAUUGUGGAGGGUGCAGAUUUGGUGUUUGGGUAUUUGAAUAUGGUACAUUUAUCAAUAAGAGUGAAGGAGGUUGGGAUAACUGGGGAUUUUCUGGUAAAUUUGACCGUUCUGGAGAUUAUGGAAGAGACGUAAAAUUUCAUAAAAAAUAA